AUUUUAUUUAAAAAAAUAUAAAAAUAGGAUUCUUUUCAACAUAAAAAUUCAAGUUCGCAAAAGACAUUCCUUAAAAUGUUGAAAAAAAGCAUAUGAAUUUAUAUUAAUCUGUAACAGAUGCUUUAGAUGUAGCUUUAAAAACAGAUAAAAAUGCCUUAAUUUUUGGAGAAGAUGUUAAAUUUGGCGGAGUUUUUAGAUGCACAUAAGGUCUUAAUGAAAAAUAUGGAAUUGAUAGAGUUUUUAAUACACCUUUAUGUGAAUAAGGAAUAGCAGCAUUUGCAAUAGGUCUAGCUACAGUAGGUAAAACAGCAAUAGCAGAAAUAUAAUUUGGAGAUUAUAUAUUUCCAGCAUAUGAUUAAAUAGUAAAUGAAGCAGCUAAAUACAGAUACAGAUCAGGUAAUUAAUUUGAUUGUGGUUCUUUAACAAUAAGAGCCACUUGGGGGGCAGUUGGACAUGGAGCUUUGUAUCAUUCCUAAUCUCCUGAAGCAAACUUUUCUCAUACACCUGGUCUUAAGGUGGUUAUACCAAGAAAUCCAGUAUAAUGUAAAGGAUUAUUACUUGCAAGUAUAAGAGAUAAAAAUCCUGUUAUAUUCUUUGAACCAAAAUCAUUAUAUAGGAACGCCGAAGACGAAGUUCCAUUAAUGGAUUAUGAACUAGAAUUACAUGCUGCUGAAGUUGUUAAAGAAGGAAAAGACAUUACUUUAAUUGCUUGGGGAGCUUAAAUGAGAGUUCUUAAUGAAGCUGCUAAAUAAGCUGAGUAAGAUUUUGGAAUUUCAUGUGAAAUUAUUGAUUUAUAAACUAUUUAUCCAUGUGAUAUGGAUACUCUUGUUAAAAGUGUUAACAAAACUGGAAGAUGUAUAGUUAGUCAUGAAGCACCUGUUACAGGAGGUAUUGGUUCUGAAAUUGCUGCUGGUAUAUAAGAAAAAUGUUUUUUAAGAUUAAAUGCUCCAGUAUAGAGGGUUUGUGGAUUAGAUACUCCUUUUCCUUUGAUUCAUGAAUUUAUUUAUUUACCUGAUAAAUGGAAAGUAUAUGAUGCAAUCAAAAAAUCAAUUAAUUAUUGAA